AUGCCCGCGCAAUCCACACUCUCGAGCGACGACAAAUCCAAGGUCAAGGCCGCUGUACCGAACAACUCAAACAAGAUCCACACCGCGGCGCUGGCGCGCAUAUACUAUGCGCAUCCGAACCCGAACGAGUGGUCGUAUGCCGGGCUGCAGGGCGCGCUCGCGUUCAUACAUGACAAGUCCAAGGGCGCGCUUUAUCUGCGUAUGGUUGACCUCGCGGGUACGCGGGGCGUGAUAUGGCAACAUGAGCUGUAUGAGGGGCUCGAAUACUUCCAGGACCGCCCAUUCUUCCACUCGUUUCCCGGUGAUGAAUGCAUGAUUGGCAUUGUAUUUGCUGAAGAGAGCGAGGCGAAGACGUUUUACAAGAAAGUCACCACCACGAAGGUGGGAACUGAGAAACCGAAGUCCUCCAACAAGAAGAAAGCGUCCAAGGGCGGCAAGAUCGACAAGUCCAUGAUCUCCGGGCCCACAUCGGGCUCCUUUCAGCAUGUCGCGCACAUGGGCUACGAUCCUGUGAAGGGCUUUACGUCCUCGAAUGUGGAUCCGUCCUGGUCGGCAUUCCUUUCUCAGCUCGAGGGCCACGGCCUGUCGCGUGAAGUCCUUGAGCAGAAUAUGGACUUCAUCAAGGACUUUGUCCGCGACGCGCAGAAGAGCGCGCCUGCCCCACCCGCUGCGAAGAAGAAACCGCCGCCGCCGCCUGCACCGCGAGGAAUGCCGCCUCCGCCGCCUCCGCCUCCACCAGCUGGCGGUUCCCCUGGCCCCUCUGCCGGCCUGCCCGCACCAGCGCCCGGACGCGAUGCGCUGCUCGCAUCUAUACAAAGUGCUGGCGUGCACAUGUUGCGAAAGACAGACCCGAACGCAACACCCGCGCGUCCGACAUCGCCCCCCGCGGAGGAGAGCGCUUCCUCGAGCGGGGGCGGUGGAGGCGGCGGCGACCUGACGGCCGCGCUGGCAGCCGCGCUCCUGGAGCGGAACAAGAAAUUGGGUGACAGCGAUGAGGAAGAAGAUGACGAUGACGAUUGGGAUUGA